AUGCAGUCUUUCAGGAGGUUGGCCUCGUCCUCCGAAGCGCCACCUCCAGCCGAUGGACAUCUUCCAUCGGUAGCAACGUCAAAACUGUUACGUCAAAACCGCGACCAAGCUCUUCGUACUCCAGGCCUACGCUGGACAGAUGAGGUUGAACCAGGUUUGGCUGGGAACAUUGUGGGUGGUCGCGAAACGCGAAAGAUGAACACAUAUCAGUCCGUUCGUGAUGCAUUGAGCACCGUGCUGUCGAAGGAUGAUACUGCCGUGGUCUUUGGCGAGGACGUUGCUUUUGGAGGCGUGUUCCGGUGUACUAUGGGUCUGUCAGAGGAGUUUGGCCGUGACCGGAUAUUCAACACCCCUUUGACGGAGCAGGGCAUCGUUGGGUUCGGCAUAGGACUUGCGUCUAUGGGCCACACUGCUAUCGCAGAAAUACAGUUCGCAGACUACGUUUAUCCAGCAUUUGAUCAGCUUGUCAAUGAAGCAGCUAAGUAUCGCUAUCGAGCAGGCGGCCAAUUCAAUAUCGGCGGCCUCACUGUGCGCAUGCCUACCAUGGCUGUAGGGCACGGCGGUCUUUAUCAUUCACAGAGUCCAGAAGGGUACUUCAUGGGAGCCUCUGGUUUGAAGAUUGUCAUUCCGCGCUCUCCUAUACAAUGCAAAGGACUCUUGCUAGCCUCCAUUCGCGAUCCAAAUCCCGUACUCUUCAUGGAGCCUAAAAUCCUUUAUCGUUCCGCUGUGGAGCAAGUCCCCAUAGACGACUAUACCAUCGACUUGGGCAAGGCAGAAACCCUUAUUCCAGGCUCGGACCUUACUGUUCUCACCUGGGGCACGCCCGUCUACCACUGCGAGACAGCCCUCCACAUGCUUAAUACCCCACCGCCCGGCCUUGCGGACGUUAUUCCCCAGUCGCUUCGUGGAGCAAAGAUCGAGCUCAUUGACCUGCGUACAAUCCUCCCAUGGGAUAUGCAAACUGUUGUCGAGAGCGUGAACCGGACAGGACGGCUCGUCAUCGUCCAUGAGGCAAGCGUCACUGCUGGCGUCGGCGCCGAGAUUGCAGCUGAAGUUCAGAAGCGGUGUUUCCUAAAGCUGCAGGCACCGGUGAAGCGAGUGGGAGGAUGGGACGUUCCUGCAGCUCUCCAGUACGAGAAAUUCAACAUGCCUGAUACCAUUCGUAUCCUGGAUGGGAUACUAGAGACCCUGAGCUACUAA